AUGGCGAAACUCGACGAUUUUUUGGGAAAAAAGAAGGAGACGGCACCGAUUUUGGAUUUGUCGAAGACGGUCGCCAACAGUCACGAGGAGUUCCGGAGGCUUCUGGAGAAGGUUCCGGAUUUUAAAAUCAAGGCGGAGAAGGUGCAAAUGGAGAGUAUUAAGAUUAAGGACAAGAAGUUCAAGUUUAAGUCGGGCAAGAAGGACGUGAAAGCCAUGAAGGAGCCGUACACGUUUCUGGAUCCGCUACCGCGCGAGAUGAAAAACUUGAAGAUCAGCGAACUGGCAGCAGUGCCCAUUGACUGGAAGAUGCUGACGACGAUCAGGCCGAAAAGCAAGGUGGAGGAAAGCUAUUUUUCAAGAUUGGUGGAACUUAAGAAACUGGAAAAUAAAACAAGAACAUUCGAAAAACGCCAGUAUGCUCUGGAUCCGCAAAUCAGAAAAUUGAAGAAUAAGUCUGGAGUGAUUGAAUUAAGAGUUGCAUCGUGCGUAGAUUGUGGCGAAGAUUUUUGUAAUGGUAAAGAAUGCAGUAAAUUCACCUACGACAGCUCGGCUCGAACUCCCGAAGUGUCCAAAGUUUCCCAAAAACUUUUAUCGCCAGAAUCGUCGAAAGUCGAUAAACCUAAACGAAAAAUUAAACGCAAACCACGCUCUAAAAGCAAAGGCAAACGCAAGAGCAAGUCGAAAUCGCCAAAGAAAAAAGUGUAAUCUUCAAUAUUUAUCGUUCGAAAUGUACAAUUUAAUAUGUGUACAAAUCAUUUUUAAUAAAAAAAU